UUGACCUUUCCAUCAUGGCCGCCUGGAGUGGCCUGCUUGCUGCUCACAACGCAUGCGCAAUGAGUACAAAAACAAACGUUUUUGAAAGAAAUAUACCGCGAAACUGUUAAAAUGAUGAAGCCUGUCCGGGGAUCUCAACGCGUCCCGUCCAAGGCACCUAAAGGCAAGAAGACAGGCGACAAGACAAAUAAACGGAGAGUAUCUCAGGAGGAGCCCCAGCCAGGAACCAGCAGCCAGGUCCCUCUGCCAAAACCACAGAAGAAGAAGAAAGGCGGCACAGUUGCAGGUCCCAGGAAGCUGAAUGGUCAGGAGAAGUGGAAACCGCUGACCAAGUCCUCCAUUACGGCUCUAGACAACAUACUGGGCCUGUCUAUACUGUCUGUUCUGGCCGGAAGACGGACUAAGAAAGAGGAAUCACAGAAACAUCUGAACAUUGUGAAAAACAGGUUCCUGUCUAAACUGGCUCAACUGUCAGUCCCGAUCCAGAAACAGGAAGUGACGAGUCAUUCUUCCCGUCAACACCAGGAAGAGACUAGGAAGUCAGCCGUUGGCAAGAAGCUCCUCGACAAGCUGGUGGAGGAGCUGAGGGCUGUGGUGGGCUCUCUAGAACAGCUGGAGAAGGAGAGAGAUUCUCUGGAGCACCAAUGUUUUAACCUCAGACAACAACUGGGACAUCAGGAAGAGAGUAACCAGCAGAUCCUCCAGUUGUCAGAGCAAGGAGUCCUGCGCCUCCCCCCUGUACCUCAGCGCAAAGACAGACCCUUACAGGAGCAGAUGGUGAGUCUGGUUCGUAGCGGACACGCCGUCGCCACGGCCCGUCGCCUAGCCAAGACCCUCCAGGCAUCAGGGCCGGUCCAGGAUGCCCAGACCUUACUGGAACGAGCCUACAGACACGCUGACCACCUGAUCACUCCACCUACAGCUGUCAGCCAAUAGCAGGACUCCUCCAUCCAGCCUGGUUGGACAAUAGCAAGGCUCCGCCCAGCCUGGUUGGACAAUAGCAGUGCUCCGCCCAGCCUGGUUGGACAAUAGCAAGGCUCCGCCCAGCCUGGUUGGACAAUAGCAGGUCUCCUCCCAGCCUGGUUGGACAAUAGCAAGGCUCCGCCCAGCCUGGUUGGACAAUAGCAAGGCUCCGCCCAGCCUGGUUGGACAAUAGCAAGGCUCCGCCCAGCCUGGUUGGACAAUAGCAAGGCUCCGCCCAGCCUGGUUGGACAAUAGCAAGGCUCCGCCCAGCCUGGUUGGACAAUAGCAAGGCUCCGCCCAGCCUGGUUGGACAAUAGCAAGGCUCCGCCCAGCCUGGUUGGACAAUAGCAAGGCUCCGCCCAGCCUGGUUGGACAAUAGCAAGGCUCCGCCCAGCCUGGUUGGACAAUAGCAAGGCUCCGCCCAGCCUGGUUGGACAAUAGCAAGGCUCCGCCCAGCCUGGUUGGACAAUAGCAAGGCUCCGCCCAGCCUGGUUGGACAAUAGCAAGGCUCCAUUAGCCAUCUGUAUUUAUAUCACUAUGUUUUAGCCAUUUUGUUAUAUGUCUCUGGCAUUGGCUUUGCACGGACCACCUGACUUUAACCGUUACAUAGUUAACAUUGUAUUCUGUAUUAGUAGGAGCCCUAUUUGUUCAUAUCUGUAUGUAUUUUAUUUUUCAAAGUGUUUCUUCUUUUAGCCGUAGAUGAUCAUUAAAAACCUGUAAAAGUA